AUGUCAGAAAGAGGCCGUGGUGGACGAGGCGGCAACACCUCUGGCCCAUCGCAUCGCGGUGGUGGUCCUGGUCGAGGCUCCGGCGCCCCGCGUGGUCACUCGAACCGCGGCUCUUCCCGCGGUGGCUCCCACUCCAACUCCAACUCUGGUCCAUCCGAUCGACCAAAGAAGGAGGCCAUCCUCGAUCUCUCCAAGUACAUCGACCAGACCAUCCGUGUCAAAUUCGCAGGCGGUCGUGAGGUCUUCGGCACGCUUAAAGGCUUCGACCAACUGAUGAACCUCGUCAUGGACGAAGUCAAGGAGUCGCUACGGGAUGAGGAGGGCAACGUGACGGACAAGACGAGGAAUCUCGGGUUGGUGGUGUUGAGAGGUACAGCGUUGACGGUCAUCAAUCCGGCGGAUGGGUUUGAGAGCAUUGAAAACCCGUUUGCGCAGGCCGAGUAG